AUGAUUAUCAAUAUUUUAUUAUUGUUUAUUUGUGUGAAUGCAAUUUAUGUCGGUGAAGAAGACUGUGAAGAUUCUUGUAUACUUGACGAAGAAGAGGAUUACGGGUACUCAACUUCAACUGAAAUAACAAUAACCCAAAAUUUUAUAUUAUCAGGAGUUUGCUUCACAACUUGUUUCAAAAGUGUCAAUACAAUCAUUUUCCAGCCACCAUUUACACCAAAACCGUACACCAUAUCUUUCUAUGGAAUGACCGAAUUUCCAGAGAACAUCAGAAAUGGAAUGUUAAAAUUUCUAGAUAACGUGAACGUCAAAUUCAAUUUAUAUGGAGACUCGACAGAGGAAAUGCCACAUUUCGAAGAUGUCAAAAAUUUAAGAAUUGGUCAUAACGUCUCUUUAACUUUGUUUAACAGUCGGUGGACUUCUUCCAAAGUGAAAGAACGAUAUGAACUUCACAAACCAUUGACAUUGAAUAACAAUUUAACUUUAACAAUUCCACUUUUGAACCAAAGUAAUGACGCAUUCAUUACAAUGACAAAUACAACUCUUAUUUUUGGGGUUUUCGACUUUAUGUCAAUUGAUAACUAUUUUGGUGAUGGAUCUAAACUGUAUUCUUAUUUUGAAAGUGGUACUAAUUAUUUAAACGUUACUAGAGAUCUGUAUAUCGACACUUCCACUGAAAUUGUUGGCACAGAACAGAAGUCAUUAAUUGUAUAUUUAACAAGUAUAUCAUCAACAACUUUGAUAGGUUCAGUGAAAAUGAUUGUGAAUCAAGUUAUACUUGCUGAUGCGGAUUUGUUACUAAGUGAUGCAGCGUAUAUUGAAACUAAUUUGUUCUUAAACAAAGAUGAUGAUGGAACUGUUUAUACGAAAAAUACGAUUCAAAUAUAUACGGGUUCUUAUAUACUUGUUAAAGAUUCAAUUGAUAUGUCUUCCAGUUUUAUAAUAGCUGAUACAUCUGAAUUACGACUUCUAUGUCGAAGUGUUGGGUGUCAGAACUUUAUAUCAAAUUCAAAAGUGUCUUUAAAAAAUAAUGGAAUAAUAAAGAUCAACACGGACAUUACUUUAGAUAGCCAAAGCGUUAUAAUAAUGACUCAAAAUUCAAAAAUAAUGAAAUUUCAAACAACCAACAAUGUCAAAAUUGCAAUAAGUGGGAAUUUAACAAUGAAUGAUAAGAGCAAAAUUCUUGAUUGUGAUGUGAGUUCGAGAGACGGAUCCAAUUUGGUUUUAAAUCAAGAAAGUUCAAUUAUUGGGAAUGAAUUUGGGAAUUACUAUGGGACUGUUGUAAUGAAUAAAGCCGCGUCGAUUCGAGUUGAUACUUUUGUACAUGCUGGAAUUCUUGAAAUGAAUGAAAACUCUCAGUUUAUAACACAAAACAUGACUUUGAUGGCAAUAAAAGAGAACACAACACAAUUUAUUAUUAAAGAUAAAGCGGCUGUAUUAUGCAAUCAACAUCUCAAUGAUACUUAUGUAACUAAAAAAGUGGUUUUUACAGUGGAAAAUCGAGAGCCGAGUGAAACCCCCGUGUUUUCUUUUGCAUAUCCGUCUGCCAUCAAUUUAUCAAUAUUUUUAAACUUGAAAGCUUCUGGAGAAUUUGAUUACGUCUCAAUGAAAAGUCUGAUAAAUGGAAGUGUUGAUGACAAAAGAUUUGUUUUACUUUCAGACAAGAAACUACUGAGAUUUGGAAGUAAUCAAAAUGUUGAAUGUGUUUUUGAAGGAAACAGUUUAAACGAAGUGACGGUAUAUAACAAUCCACAUUGCCCAUGUACUGACAAAAAGUGUGUUCUUAUUCCCAAACAAAAAAUUAAUGAUUUGACAUUGGAAUUCUCUUUUAAUGGGAUUAUAAAAGUUAAUCCAAUUUCGUUGACUGUUCUCACUGUAGAACCAGUUGAUGUAACAAUCUCCAAUUUUAUCAGAAUUAGUUCUUCGUAUACAAAAUCACCGAGUGAUACAUUGAUAGGGUUCCAAAUGGAUGAUACUAGCAUUAAUUUUCUUGGUAACAAUUUAUAUACAAUACAACUUUUAGAUGAAACUAAAGUUCCAAAAAUUAUGAUUAUAAAUACAAUGGAAGGAGAAUAUUUUAUUUCUUCAACAGGCGCUUUUAUAAUUCAAAAUACACAAACUUCAAGUUCGUUAAGUUACAUUAAAAAUGGAACGAUUACCAAUUUAAAAAGGGGGAUUGUUGUAUGUAAAUAUGGGUAUUAUGAUCAAACAACAAAUACAUGUACAAAUUGUCAAGAUACAAAUUGUCUCCAAUGCACAUCAAAAGAAAACAAUCAAUGUGUACUCUGUAACGAAGGUUAUAUGUUAAAAAACGGCAACUGUGUUGAGAAACCAUCUUGUUGUGAGUAUUCAACAAGAAAUUUGUGCUACAUUCCGACUCGAGGAAAUCAAAUUAUUUUGAAUGGAAAAUGUUCAGUUUUUGGAGACAAAAAUUGUGAACGCGCAAUUCUUGAUGAAUGUGAAAUGUGUGUAAAAACCAAUGAAACUGAUUACUUUCAAAAUAAAAAUAUUAAAACAUGUGAAGAACCAGAAAAUUCGAAUUUAUCUUCAAACACCAAAAUUUUGUCAUGUGACACAAAUUAUUAUUUGACUAAUCAAAAGUGCGUUAAGUGCUCAGAAACUUAUUCAAAUUGUGAUAUUUGUGAUUUAAAUAAUUGUCAACAAUGUUCUUCAAAUUACAAUUUGUUUAAUGGAAGUUGCAUUGAAAACUUAUGUGCAGAAAAAGACCAAAAUGGGCUUUGUAUUGCAGAUGACGAAAAUUGCCUUCCAAAGAUGUUUUUGAACAAUCGGUGUAUUCAAUGUAAACCCAACUUUUAUCCAAAUAGUUAUGGAAAGUGUUCUUCUUCAAUAGAAAAUUGCACCCAUCCCUCUGUAUAUGGAUGUCUUCGGUGUUCGUCUGGAUAUUUUCAAGACGACAAUUUUCAGUGUCAGAAAUGUGAUGAAACGUGUCAAACUUGUGAUAAAAAGAGUUCGAAAUGUGUGACGUGUCAUAGUGGAUAUUACCUUAAAAAUAAUGUAUGUUUGGAAGUCACUGGAUGUAAAGAUGUGUUAAAUUCUGGGACUGGAUGUGCAUCAUGUUAUGAUGGAUCAUAUCGAAGUGGAUUGGAAUGCUUCCCGUGUAUCUCUUCCUGUUCAUUAUGUCAAUCGAAAAGUAUAUGUUACACAUGUAAAGAUGAUUAUUACAUGACAAUUGACAACUUAUGUCAACUCAAAUCUUCAAUUGAAGGCUGUUUUAAUAAUGUGACUUCAUUUGGAUGUUCUGAAUGUCAAGAUGGGUAUUAUACAUAUCGAGAAAGAGAUUGUCGUAAAUGUGCAGAGUCAUGUUUGACAUGCGAUAACAAAAAUGGUUGCACUUCAUGUCCAACAAGUUUUAUAUUGAAAAAUUCAGAAUGUGUAUCAAUGGAUAAUAUCAACAAUUGUAUUGAAACAGAAAAUUCAAUGUGUUCCCAAUGCAGUGGGUGGUACUUACCAAGUGAAGAUGGGAUGUAUUGUAUUUAUACAAUACCUUUAUGGUUUAUUAUAGUAAUGGUAUUACUAUCAAUUUUUAUACUAAUUUGUAUUGUAUUUGUAACAUAUUUUAUUGUACAAAAAACAAUAAAAUUGGUUUAUAGAAAUCGUCAAAAAUCCACAUACUGUAUUUUCAAAAUGAAAUAUUCGAAUGUCAAUUUUGUCAAUUCGUCUGACAAGCGAGUGUUGUUAAGUAAAAACGAGCUCUUCAGAGAUAAUGACAAUUUAUUUAAAGUAAAUUUUGAGUAUAAAGAUGUUCUCUGUGUUGGUAACAACACCAAAAGACCAUUAAAGACACAAAUCACAACGAAAUCAAAUUCCACAAAAUAUUCAAUUCGAGCAAAUCCAUCUGUUGUUACACUAAAAAGAGGAGAAGCUUGUGAAUUUGAAAUUUUCAUGACAAUUAUGUGUACAUGCACCAUAACCGAUUGUAUAUUUAUCAUUGCAAAUUCCUUUGUUGAUAACAUAGAAAGUCAAAUAGAAGUGCAGUUGAAUAUAACAUCAGAACUCUCUUCACGACUUGAUCCAGAAGAAUUAAUAGAAGACAAACUAUUAGGCGAAGGAUCAUUUGGUGUUGUAUACAAAGGCAAAUUCCGAGGGAAUGAUGUCGCCAUUAAAAUGAUGAAAAAUGGUACAAAACAUGAUGAAGAACAACUUAAAGAGUUUGAAAAGGAAGUAGAGAUGCUUGACAAAUUUCGAAGUGAUUAUAUCGUCCAUUUCCAUGGAGCCGUGUUUAUACCAAAUAAGAUGUGUAUGGUCACUGAAUUUGCAAAUUAUGGGAGUUUAAGUGACUUAAUGAAAAAGAAAGUCUCUAAUGAAGUUACAAUUAAAUUAAGACUCAAAAUGAUGACAGAUGGUGCAAAAGGGAUUUUAUAUUUACACACAAAUGGGAUAUUACACAGAGAUAUUAAACCAGACAACAUUCUUGUGUUUUCACUGAAUGAUAAUGAUUGUGUAAUCGCAAAAUUGACGGAUUUUGGGUCAAGCAGAAACAUCAAUUUGUUGAUGACUAACAUGACUUUCACAAAAGGUAUUGGAACUCCAACUUAUAUGGCGCCUGAAGUAUUAAAACAAGAAAAAUACACUAAAAGUGCAGACAUUUAUUCAUUGGGAGUUACUUUAUAUGAAGUGUUAAGUUGGAGUGAAGCAUAUCCAUCAUCAAAAUUUAAGUUUCCAUGGAAAAUAGCAGAAUUUGUUGUUCAAGGAAAUAGAAGGGAGAAGCCUGAGAAUAUCUCUGGAAACCUCUUUAAACUCAUUACACUGUGUUGGAAACAAAAUCCACAGGAACGUAUAACUAUUUCUCAACUCUUAUCAAGUGAACUAUUACUUUAA